GGGAGAUUUCUGCGAGCGUUAUCACAAACAAGACUGUGGAAAUCUCCAUGCUGGUGGAUAUUCGGCAACAGGCCCUGGAGGAUAAAGGAUUCGUAAAGCGGGGAGCACAGCGCCACCGGCAAUCCGGCGAUCAAACAGGCGGGAGGCCCACUCUGUGUUCAAAGAACGAUACAAAAUGUCCAUGGACCCUACCAAAGACCCCAUUCUCAGACGGGUGGCGAAGAAAAGCAAAGGGUACGCCAAGAAGAUGACAAAACCCGACGAACAGCCAACAGCCGUCUGCUUCUCCAUGCCGGGGACGGAGCUGACACAUGAAGCCGUCUGGAGACAACUCGAGAAGGAUGUUCUCGCACAAUACCCAGAGGUCAAGGUCAGUUCCAUCAAAUACGUACCCCGAGACCUCCUCAUCGUUAGGCCGAAAGGAGCGGAUCCGAUCGAGAACCGCUGGGUGGUGUCGCUGAGUUCUGAUUGGGGUCGGAAGAGGAUCACCGGGAUGUGGUUACGGUUUGCGGAGCGGCCCGUGCAGCUCAAGUGCUAUGAUGACGUCGUCGGGUCGGAGUAUCGGCAGUUCAAACGAAUGAAGGAGUACAUGAAGGAUUUCAAAAUAUUUGAGAAGAAGCCGAAAAAGAAGCAUAAAAAGCGAUGAUGUUUGAAGACCGAUUAACGCUUGUUGAAAAAAACCCUCUGUUCUAGUCGAUAAAUUCAAAUAUCGUAGGAUCUUUUUGCAUGUAUAUUAUAAGUUUACGGGGAGAAACGACGAUAGGAAGCAAAUACAGACUCUAUUUAUGCCUAGAGACAGUAGGUUCCACUAAGUAUACAACAAAAGAAACUCGAAUGAUUUAAAGGCAUACUGUCACGGAUUUAAGGACCUUAUUUCUGUAAAAAUGGAUAAUAACUAAAAAUUACAUUAAUUGUUGGAAACCAAAUCUAGCUAUUGCAUCACCUUAA